AUGGUGAACGCCAUGGCAGCUAGUCAAGAGAAAUUUUUGCAUUCUUGUCUCCAAUCGCAUGCUAGAGAUAAUUCUUUACGAAGUGAAGAGUCAAUGGUUCUGAGGAGGAUUUGGAACUGGUUUUGUGACAAUUCAUGCCAAGAAAGGAUUAAUAGUCAGACAAGGCAAUUGCAUUUGGUUCUUUUUAAUCGGCAUACUGUCAAGAGUUUCCUCGACGAUGUGCUAAUUUUUGGUGCAAUACAGGUGGUCUCGCAUUCGAAAAACCACCAAUUAAUUGAUAUUUUUCCUCGUGACAACCUUUUUGUGGACAGAAGGAAGAACAUGAUAGAAAUCAAGUGGGAUGCCAUCAUGAGUAGUGUCGUCUCUUGCGCUGGGUUCUCAUUGGAAUUUCUCAAUGCGCAAUAUUCUACUUGGUUUUUCCCAGUUUUUGGGCGUUUGGUGUCUCCCUCUCCAGUUUUCAUGACAUGUGUCUUAGUGGGCAAUCAGAACUAUAUUAUUUUGUGGCCGUUGUGGGUUCAAAAAAUUUGUGUGUUUCUUCUACACUUAUUUACACCAGUGCUGACGUUGCUUUACCCUUCCAUUUUGUUUCUAUGUGGAGCUGCUCUAUGGAGAAAUGGAGAUAUGCGUAUCACAUCAUUGGGGUUAUCCUACAAAAUCACUACAUGUUUUAGGUGGGAGAAUUACAUGUUGAAUCACACUAAGAUCGACAUUGACGAACUGUUUGAGGAUUAUACUAAAAGUAAAAAUGGUCACAUUCUUCUUUUAGUGGGUUCUUUCGGUGUUCGGCUUAUUAUAGAUGGUGUAUCGGAGAUACUAAUUUUACUCCGCCAGAACUUCGUAGUUGUGACGUCCACACCAGCUUGGGUGAUUAUUUUGUUUCUCUUUCCAGUUUGUUCUAGCGUAUUGAUCACUACGAUCAUAUUUUCGUCCUCAGUUGAGUUACAUGGUGAGGUUUUCAAACAAGCCGGAGCUGUUCGUAUUCCACUACAUAAGAUCAGCUUGGAUAUGAAGUCAGCAUGUAAUGCUCAUACGAAGAUGACACACAAAGCGUUCAUGAAUAUAUUGUCAUGUUUGGCUCAGUUGCGUUUGACUUGGACCUCAACGUACAAAGCAUUACACGUUAGGAGACGUGACUUGGUGUUUGAACCAGGUGACUUUUCAUGGAUUAUGUUCUCAAAAGAUUGUUUUCUUCCUCAUGAUGAAUAUCGACAAGCAUCGGCGUCUUCAACAAAAUUAAUUCGACACGGAGCUUCUGGGAUAAGUCAUGGUGACGUAUGGAACUUAUCUUUAAAGGAUACAACUAUUCCUUUUCAUUUGACGUCUGCAACAAUUGGGUUGAAAGAAAAGACCUAUGAGGCGAUGAGAAUAUCCAUGGAACAAGAAGAUCUCUUGGUCACACGUGUUCAGGGAAGCUUGGAAGCCACGAUUGUUUUAACGAAGGAUCUUUAUGAAGAAAUUUCUAACAAGUUGCCCGUGAGCCAAAGGAUUUCUUUACAGAUUUCAGAUUCGGGGUCGAAUCUUUCUGACCCGGAGAGACCUGAUACAGCGUAUCUUCACAUCAUUGAUCACCAAUUCAGCGACUUUGUUUAA